CCAGGGACAAGGAAAUGAGAACUGGGGUUUCCGAUACACAAAGAGCCAGGGACACGUGUUUGAUAUUGGAUAUACUGCAGAUGUGGUCAUCACCCACGGUCCACCCCUGGGAGUUCUUGAUGUCACCGCCUCCGAUCCCAAACUCCGUGCUGGAUGUCCUUUCCUCUUCGCGGCCGUAGCAAUGGCCAGACCGAGACUACAUUGUUUUGGACAUGUACCCGCGGGAUGGGGAGCCAAGUUUGUUAGAUGGCGAGAUAGACCGGCUUAGGAAAGCGGGAAAAUGCCGUCGCAUGUGACGGAUAUUGACAACGAAAACUCUGUUGUGAUUGAGACGCUGGCGGGGUUGAGGAUGGGGAAGUGGGAUGGUCCUGAGGUUUUGGAAAGAAAGAGGGCCAAGCUAAAGCGGUUGAGGGAGGAGAAGUGUUGCAAGGUCUCGCAUUGUGAGGGAGAUACGCUGAAACUCGAGCCGAGGAAACAUACAUUAUUUGUCAAUGCUGCUGUAGAGCCGGUGGAUGAAGGGAGAAGGCGGUUUCCGUGGGUGAUUGAGAUUGAACUUGCCAGGCAGCCAGGGCGUUUUAGCUGAGUGAAACGGAAUAUUCAAGACAUGUUAUAUUUAACCUGGCUUGAAGUAGCUGCCUUUCUGGUUCGUACGUUCAAAGAUACUAUAGGCAUUGUUGCCUUGUCCUUUGGUUGUCAACAAGGUGGCUGUUCUGGAGUGACAACUUAAGACUUGGGUAAUAGAUAGUGUUUCGAUAAAACCAUGUUACCACAACACCUCUACCUCAGAGUUCAAGCCUCUGAUCAACCUCGAAAAUAAAUACCUCUAUAAGUUGGG